GCGUUAUGCCGGAAACUGGAUACUGGGUAAUGGGUUCCUUCGUCCGCAUGGAUUGGUUUCUCCCCGCCGACCGCUCGUACUAUUACUACGAAGGGUCGCUCACGACUCCAACAUGCGACGAGUCGGUCCAAUGGUUCGUGAUGAAGGAAGCAAUCACAGUUCCGCGCGUUGUUCUCGAGUACUUGAGGAAGGUGCAAACAGCGACUGGAUCGGAGCUGACAUUCAAUUACAGGGACGUCCAACCGCUCCGCUGUCGUAGGGUCUACGAACACGACGAUCCUGGACAGUGCCCGAACCCCGUAUCACCUAUUUCUUACACUUACCGCAAUCAACCGCUAGACGGAGCGCUUGGAGGUCGGCCGCCAAAGAACCGCAACCGAGGUUCGGAAGAGGGUUCGCGGAGCGAAAGUCCGGAAGAGCGUUCAAGGAGCGAAGGUUCGGAUUGAUACAAGCAGUACAGAAUUAGCUAGGCUGACAGUGUAGCCACACAUGAGCUCAUUGAACUGUUGUAUAUAGAACUUUGUAGUUACGUAGCUGUUAGUGCAGUAGAAACUGUCGCUAGUAUGCUGAAGUGCAACAUGUUGGUGAGCG